AAUAUUUUCCAUAUGUUCCACAUUAUUUUCAAAUCAUCGAAUUUCCUUUAAAAAAAGAACCUACAAUGGUUAAUUUAGAUAUUAAAUCCAUCCGAUACCUAUCACAGGAUGACUUUAGAGUACUUACAGCUGUAGAAAUGGGAUCAAAAAAUCAUGAACUUGUUCCAACUUCAUUAAUUGUUCAAAUUUCAGGAUUAAAAGGAAAUAAUGAACAAAAAUGCAUUAGUGAAUUAGCAAGAAAUGGUCUUAUUUCUAAGGUCAAGAACGCAAAAUAUGAUGGAUACCGGCUUACAUACGCUGGAUAUGAUUAUUUGGCAUUAAAAUCCUUUUCAAAGAGGGAAUACAUAUAUUCUAUUGGAAAUAAAGUUGGGGUUGGUAAAGAAUCAGAUGUUUACGUUGUUUCAGAUAAAACAGGAAAGCAAAUGAUUCUUAAGAUACAUAGACUUGGAAGAAUAUCGUUUAGAAGUGUUAAGUUAAAACGUGAUUAUCUUAAAAACAGAAAAUCUGCUAGUUGGAUGUAUAUGUCACGUUUAGCAGCAAAAAAAGAAUAUACAGUUAUGAAAGUACUGUAUGAAAACAAAUUUCCAGUUCCUCAACCUAUAGACCAUGCUCGACAUUGUAUUAUUAUGGAAAAAAUUGAAGCAUAUCCUUUGCAUAAAAUAGAUAAUAUCGUACAUCCAGAAAAACUUUAUAUUACUUUAAUGCAAUUAAUUGUAAAAUUGGCUAAUUACGGAUUAAUUCAUGGAGAUUUUAAUGAAUUUAAUAUUUUAGUUUAUGAAAAUGGGGAUCCUAUAAUGAUCGAUUUCCCACAAAUGAUUAGUAUUGAUCAUUUUAAUUCUGAAGAAUAUUUUAAUCGUGAUGUUCAAUGCAUUAAAAAAUAUUUUCAAAAGAAAUUUCGCUUUGAAUCAGAUUACAUUCCUAUAUUUCAUAAGGAUGUGAAAAGAGAAAAUAAUUUAGAUGCGCAAAUAAAAGCCGAAGGAUUUUCAAAAGAAUUAGUCAAAAAACUCGACAUGUACUUAAAAAGCAGAUGUACAGAACGUAUAACAGAUAAUGAAUCGUCUUCCAAUACUGAAAAUACAGAUGAUAAAUCUUCAGAGGAAAGCAACGAAAGUGAUAGAGAUAAUGAAAUAUUAGACACAAACAAUACUACCUAAAAAUUAUAAAACAUCAUAUAUAACUAUUUAAAAAAUAUAAAUAUUC